AUGCCAUCACGGACUACUCCACAGCGCGCGAUCGACAGUCACGACAUGACAGAAGCAAUGUCUCCCACUACUGAGGGCAAGCAUGUCGAAGCGACCACGAAAGGUGACAAGAUGGGCCUCCUCGACUUACCGGCAGAGAUUUGGAGCAAGAUUGGCAAGUUUGCGAUUGAUGCCGGACCGCUCGUGGACAAAGAAGCGCUGCUCGACUCGAUGAAGAACAAGACAGCUCGCAGCUGGCACCAGCCUGCUAUCGCCAUCGCCUGCAGGUGUCUCCGCGAGGAGCUUCUCCCGUAUUUCUACAAAAACAUGGUUGAACUCGCAUUCACCUGGCACGACGUCAUCACCCAGUCCCGGUCUACGAGGAGGUCAAGGAGAGCCGACAACUGUGGUCAAUGCCUUCGUGCGAUCGGAAGCAGUAAUCGGAGAAGCAUGCGCAACGUUUCGCUGCAGAGUUAUGUGUACAACAAGAACAUUCUCGAGAGAACAGCAUCAAGGCACUAG